AUGCAUUUACAUUUAUUAAACAUUACAAAUGUAACAUUUCUUUUGAAUCUAUUUGUAAAUCACUUUAAAUUUUAUUUUUUGAUUGUAGAAGAAUUACCAAACCACAUUGUUGAUCUCAGAAAAGAAAGAGGUAUUUUGGAAGACGAACCAAACAGUAUAGAAGAAUCUGAGUCUCAAAAGAAAGAAAACUGUUAUACAUUACGUAGACGUGCUAUGUAUUUUUCUACAGCAGGUGUUAGUACUAUCCAAGAUCCAAGUACGUUUGAAGGCUCACCCCCAAUGUUAUUGUCUCCUCAGAUGUUAGAUGUUACUAAUAGAUUUGUGCGCGUGCAACAGUCAAUAUGCUACUUAGUUGCUAACAGUGAUUUUUACAUGCACGGUGAUUGCAAAUUUUAA